CAACAGACCAGAGAGACAGACUUUCACUUUCAUUCAUGCCAUCCACUUUUCUCCCUGAAAAUUUCCAUUUAAAACAGCCGGUCCGCACUGCCUUGGCGGGAUGAUAUUGACGGAUUAAACUUGUCAGGAUCUUUGUAAUUUCUUGAAGAGUUUGCAGUUUACUGGGGUUGAUCUAGUGGAUUACACAGUGUGAUCGGGGCGCUUAAAAUGGGUACAUGAAGUAUUGAUCUGGUCCGUUUGUGCUGUGCCACACUGCGGACGGAGGGGCUGAUAUUUGCCCCGCGGAAUUCUUGUGAUUUGCGGAAUUUUGUGAUGGACACGGGGGAUCAUGCUAAGCCCCAUCUACCGCACAGUGUUCCUGGGAGUACCUCCAGACUGGAACUGGAUUUUUCUGAUCCAGGAAAUCUGGGCGAGCGGAAGAGUAAAUUGCGUUUAUCAUUCGGCAAGAGCAGCGCCGUGCCAGAACGCCUGGAAACAUCAUCCGCGAUGAAGACCUCGAUCUCCCUUCCACUGCAGAUGCAGUCGCUGGAGGAUAUUGGUUUCAGCACGCAAAUAGAUCGCUUGCAGUCGCGAAGUUUGCAGACGACUGGGAAGCUGCAGAUAUCGCCCGACAUGGUGUAUGAAUUUACCGCGGAAGAUUUGAUGGACUUGGGCGAGAUUGGUCGAGGCAAUUACGGGUCGGUGAAUAAGAUGAUGCACAAGACGAGCGGGACGGUGAUGGCGGUGAAGAGGAUCCUCUCCAACGUCGACGAGCGGGAACAGAAGGAGCUCAUUGAGCUGGCCGUGGUGAUGCGCAGCACCAACUGCGUCAAUAUCAUCCAGUUCUUCGGGGCCAUUUUCAAAGAUGGUGAUUGUUGGAUAUGUAUGGAACUGAUGGAUACAUCCCUGGAUAAAUUCUAUAAAUUCAUCUAUGAAAUCCUCCAGAGUGAAAUUCCCGAGGAGAUCCUGGGAAAAAUCGCCGUGGCGACGUUGAAUGCGCUGGAUUAUUUGAAAUCCUCGUUAAAUAUCAUACACCGUGAUGUGAAGCCGUCUAACAUUCUGCUGGAUCGGCGUGGCAAUAUGAAACUGUGUGAUUUCGGUAUUAGUGGCCGUUUGGUGGACUCCAUCGCCCGGACCAAUGUCGGAUGCCGACCGUACAUGGCGCCGGAACGUAUUGAUCCGACCAAAGCGCAGCAGUACGAUAUUCGUUCGGAUGUCUGGAGUCUGGGCAUCACACUGAUGGAGCUGGCGUUGGGUCAAUUCCCCUAUCCUAUUCAGGAAUGGGACAACGUCUUCAAGCAGCUGGCCCAGGUCGUUGAGGGCGAACCGCCCCGGCUAGACCGCAUGCGGCAUCCGCGCUUUUCCGAUGAAUUCAUCGAUUUCGUCAAUAUUUGUUUGGCCAAAGAUGUACCAAAGAGACCCAAAUAUAAACUCCUCCUGAGUCAUGCGUUUAUUCGUAAAGCCGCCGCCGCUCCGACGGACACCCGCGCCUUCGUGGAGGCCGUUCUCCUGAAGAUGGAAUGCGCCAAUCUCCCGGGUUUAUCCAUAUCCUGAUUAUGGGAAAAAAUGGCGUGCGGUGUGCACCGGUGACGGGACGCGUUGCUCGGCCAACGCCCAAACUCGAUGCUGUUCUUUCUGUAUAUAAUAAAUAUAAAAUUUGAUUAUAUACUCCACAGGAUUAUAUUUAUUUUUGAUUUUUUGUUGAUAACCUUUUACUAAAUUUUUAUUUGGGAUUUUUGUUUGUGUGUGGACUUGGUCGUCACGCUGUGCCUGGUGUGAUGGCCAGCGCCCCUUCAGUCAGUUUCGCAGCUACGAUUUUUCUGUGCCGGUUAACGUGAUGUUUUGUGGCAGAUUUUUUUUUAUUUUGAUUUGAUGUUUUCUUAUUGGGUGAAGUUUGUUAAUGGGCAUUUGUGGAAUUUUCGGGAAAGAAAAAUGGUAGUAAUAAU